GAACUUUCCAAUUUAUAUCAUCAGAUAUUGCAUUGUUCAAAACAACAAUUAUUAAGAAGAUGAAAGCAUUUUGAAACUAGUACUCAUAUAAUUAGUAGCUCUGAAUUAUUUAUUGUAGCAACAAAAAAAUGUCAGGGAAAGCAGAAAAAUUGGUGGAGCAGCAGCUUCAAGCAAAACAGAACAAGAGGGAUGUUGAUGUAAAGGAGCUAUACUUGUCUGAGAAGAAUUUGACUGAUGUUUGUGACCUAUCCAGAUUUCCUAAUCUCAGACAUCUUUAUCUCAGUAAAAACAGGUUAAGAAGACUAAGAUGUUUAAACAACAACUUCAGACUUGCAGAGUUGUACUUAGAUCAAAAUGAAAUGGUGGAGAUAUCAGGAGCUCUAGAGCAUCUCACAUGUAUGGAGGUUCUUCAUCUCCAUGACAACCAACUCACCAAGCUAGAGAAUGUCAUAUAUGAACUGAGGAAAAUGCAGAAUCUCAAAGUAUUAAAUUUGUUUAAUAACCCAAUCUCUCAGGAGGAGGAGUACAGACUGUAUGUUAUACAUCAUGUACCAUCGGUAGAACUACUAGACAGACAAGCUGUAUUAAAAUCUGAAAGGGACACCGCUAAAAGGUUAUAUGACCAGAAAAAUACUUCAAUUUCUGACACAAUAUCAUUUGGAAGAAGAUCUGAUGGACCACCCAGUAUAUACCACCCAGCUGAUAGAGAAAAGUUACAAGUCACUGUACCAAUGAAAAAUGUUGCGAACAACUUCCUUCUAGACAAUCCUCCAUAUGACACAAUAGAUGACGCAGUUGCAUCAAGAACAAUGAAAAAAGCAGCAUACACAUAUUCAAGCUUUGAUUGGUCUAAAGUGCCAAGGGCCGAAGAAAGACGUUUAUCCGAUAAGGCAUUUGACCAGCCACAAAUAAACACAGUGCAGUUUCAAACUUGAUUGAAU